AGGCUGUAAAAUCUUGAGCUUGCAUCACUCAUCCAAUUCUACUGCUUUGCUAUCUCUCUCACUCAAUUUCUCUCUUUCUCUCUCUAAGUUAUCAGCACAAAGAAUGGAAGGAGGAGCUGCUGCUGCCGUUGAAGUUCUAGUUCAAAACCUCAUCGACCUCUGCAAGAAAGAGAUCUCUCAAAUCCGAGGUCUCGACAAAGAUGCAGCAAAGCUAGCUGGGAGUCUCGACGUGAUCAAAAAUUUCUUGAAGGAUGCCGAGACGCGUGAGAUCACCAGUGACGCUGUCAAGAGCUGGCUGAAGAAGCUUGAAAACGAGGCGUUCGAUGCUGACAAUGUUUUGGAUGAACUCAACUAUCAUAUUCUCUCCAAAAAAAUUAAGGCCACCAAACCCAUGAAGGCGAAGGUACUAUCAUGCUUCUCAUCAUCCUUCAAUUCUAUUGCGCGUCCGAGAAAAAUGGCUGUUAGAAUCAAAGAAAUCAAUGAGAAUUUCGAGUCUAUUAAGAAAGAGGCCACCGAGCUUGGCCUCGUAGCGAGGCUUGAAAAUGAGCCCACCUUGGUUAAUGCUGCUACUUUUGAAACUGAUUCAUUCACUCUUGAUCCUAUUUUUAUUGGAAGAGAUGAUGUUGCGUCCGAAAUAGUUGAGAUGCUUACCAAUAGCAUCACAACUGAUGAACAAGCAGUUUCCAUCCUUCCAAUUGUGGGGAUGGGGGGAUUGGGGAAGACGACAUUGACUAGGAAAGUCUUCAAUCGUCUGAAGGAUGAGAGUCGGUUUGGAUCGCAUUUGUGGGUGCAUGUUUCCCCAAAUUUUGAUGCAAUAACUCUUUUCAAGAAAAUUCUCAAUAACUUGACAUCUUGUCAAGUUGAAAUUGCGAGCAGGGAAGAUAUUCUUGCAAAGCUUAAAGAAGCUUUGAAAGAUAAAACUUAUCUUCUUGUGCUUGAUGAUGUAUGGAACCAAGAUGGUUUGAAAUGGGAAGAUUUUAUGAAUUCUUUUUUGGGAGUUAGUUGUGUCAAGGGAAAUGCCAUCGUUGUUACUACCAGAAAUAUGGAGGUGGCUUCAAUUGUGAAUUCACUUCAUAUACAUGAGUUGAAAGGCUUAUCGGAGGAAGAGUGUUGGUUGAUAAUCAGAGCAAAAGCCUUUGGAAAAGAAGAUGUUCCGUCAGAAUUUGAGGCCAUUGGGAGAAAGAUCGCAAGAAGGUGUCAAGGUUUGCCAUUAGCUGCCAACAUAGUUGGGGGAGUGCUGCACAAUCACAAUAAGUCUGAGGAAAAAUGGCGUUCAAUCGAGGAGAAAUGGCUUUCGCCAAAUGAAGGUGGAGAUAAUAUGACAAAAAUAUUAAGAUUGAGCUUUGAUAAUUUGUCUCCGCCAUUAAUUAAGAAGUGCUUUGCAUACUGUGCGAUGUUUCCUAAAGGCUCCAAAAUCAUGGAAAGGGAACUCAUUGAGUUUUGGAUGGCAGAAGGUUUUCUUCAAGCUGAUGGAAGGGAUGACAUGGAGUCCGUGGGCGAAAAAUUUGUCAACGUUCUUCUGCACAACUCUUUACUGCAAGUUUCAGAAAGAGAUGAUGACGGAAAUGUAGAAAGUUGUGGUAUGCACGAUCUUGUGCACGAUCUGGCUUGUUCUGUCUCAAGAUCCUCUAACAGUACAGGUGGUAGCAGCCGAGUUCGAUACAUGAUUCUCGGAGACAACUAUUGUGGAGACGAAUCAAGUCGUAUCCCAAAAGAAAUGGCAAAGUCUUUGCGUACAUUACUAAUAACAUCCAAAGCUGAUAUUUCUGAUGUCAACUUCUCAGACUUGGAAAGUUUGCAUGUUUUACAGCUUCACUCUGAAGUUAAAAAGCUGCCAUCGAUUCGGAAGUUGAUACAUUUGAGAGAUUUUGACAUUUCAAAGACAAGAAUUGAAGUUUUGCCGAAUUGGAUUGGUGAAUUCUUUCACUUGCAGACGUUGAGAGUAGACUCAUCAGAUUUCAGAAUUAGGAGAAAACUGCCAAGUACGAUUAAGUACUUGAUUAACUUGAGGCAUCUUUAUAUUAACGAGCGUGCAGAGUUGCCGAUGGGAAUUGGGAGAUUAACUUGUCUCCAAACGCUAAAGUACUUUCCAGUGGGCGACGAGAAUGGGUGCAAAAUUGAAGAGCUCGGAAGUUUGAAUAAUCUUAAAGGAGAGUUACGGAUUUGCAAUCUCGAAAGGGUUCAUGACAAGGAAGAGGCUUGGAAAGCGAAUUUAUUCGAAAAGUCAAAAAUAUUGAACUUGGUUUUGAAAUGGAAUCUAUUUAGAGAAGGUGAAAGAAAUGAUGAGGAUGUAUUGGAAGGCCUCCAGCCUCACUCAGAUCUGAGGGUGUUACAGAUUGAUGGAUUCAAAGGCAGUAGGUUUCCAUUAUGGACUAUGAAGAUGUCAGUUGGAGAUGCGCCUCAAGGCUCUUGGGUGCUACUUAACAAGUUGAUGUCGUUAACACUCUGGAACUGCAAAGAAUGUGAAGAGAUCCCAAUGUUGGGGCAGUUGCCCAAUCUCAAGUCCCUUGUGUUGAGUGGAUUGGAGAAUAGGAUAAAUUAUUUUGAGUUUGUUUACUAUAUUUUUACAGCGACUUAUCAUCUUACAUUUUUUUCCAUUAAAUAAUUCUUUUUCGUAUUGAUACAGAAUAAAGUGAAAGAAGCAAACAGUUGUGUUUGAGGUGCCUCCAAAGAAUUAGGAGGUGAAGGAAGCGAUCCAGUGAAGAAGGAAUAAAGGCGCUAACGAGCUUGCUCGUGGGGAAGAACGACGACCGUGUAGUUGUUGAGUCUGAAGAGAAGGAUGAUGACAAAAAUUCAGACAGCAUUGUUGAAGAUGAAGAUAGAGAAACAGAGGAUUCAGCAGCUGUGGAAGUUGAAUCCAGUCCCAGCAAAAAGGGAGUUAUAUCAAUAUAUAUGUUUUCAUGGUGCAAGUAUUAAAGAAGAAAAAUGAUGAAUACAAGAAAGAAACAUGGUUGGAACAUGAAGCAUGUGUUGAUAAAGAAAAGAAUGAAGAAUCACAUCUUCUCCAUCUUCAAUGUUUGAGCAAUCUUAUUAGACAAACAAUAUGCCGUUGAUUGAAUGGUGACCAUUGGAUUAACACCAACAGCUCCCGGCAGCACACUCGCAUCACACACAAACAGCCCCUUUGCUUCC